CAGACACCCUGACGGGAGCACCUGCAGGAUGGGGCUCUGCCCUAGCGGGCAGCUGGAGAAACCGCCUUCUCGCUGAUUGAGGCUUCGCUCUCAAGCUUCGGAGUCCGGGUGGUCUGCUGUGCAGGUCUGAAGACCCUGAGGGAGCAGGCCUGGCUCCUGAGCUCCAGGGAAUGGAACUGUUGACAUUCAGGGAUGUGGCCAUUGAUUUCACUGAAGAGGAGUGGGAAUGCCUGCAGCCUGCUCAGCAAAAAUUAUAUAGUGAUGUAAUGUUAGAGACCUACAGAAACAUGGUGUUCUUGGACAUGGCUUCUCAUCAUACCCAAGAAUUUUCACAAGACCAGGGCAUAAAACAUAUACUUCAAAAAGUGAUAAAUGGAAAAUAUGGAAAUUAUGAACUUGACUAUUCACAACAAAGAAAAAUAUGGAAAAUUGUGAGUGAGAAUGAACAUCAUAAAUUAUAUCAUCAAAAGUCAGUCCUUAUUCACCACCAUAGAAUUCGUAUUGAAGAGAAGCCCUGCAAAUUUAGAGAAUGUGACAAAGCUUUUAAUGAAAAAUCUCACCUUAUUUGCCAUCAGAGAAUUUAUACUGGAGAGAAGCCCUACCAAAGUAAAGAAUGUGGCAAAGAUUUCAUUAAAAAAACACAGCUUAUUCACCUUCAGAGAAUUCAUACAGGAGAGAAGCCCUACAAAUGUACAGAAUGUGGCAAAUCUUUCAUUAAAAAAAACCACAGUAUUUAUCACAGCAGAAAUCAUACUGGUGAGAAGCCCUACAAAUGUACAGGAUGUGACAAAGCUUUUAGUAAAAAGUCAAGACGUUUUAGCCAUGAGAGAACCCAUACUAGAGAGAAGCCCUAUCAAUGCAAAGUAUGUGGCAAAGCUUUUAAUCAUAAAAGUAGCCUUAUUUGCCACAGCAGAGUUCAUACUGGAGAGAAGCCCUACAAAUGUAAAGAAUGUGGCAAAGUUUAUACUAAAAAAUCAGCCCUUAAUUACCAUAGAAAAAUUCAUACUGGAGAGAAGCCCUACAAAUGUGAAGAAUGUGGCAAAGUUUAUACUCAAAAAUCAGCCCUUCAUUGCCAUAGAAUAAUUCAUACUGGAGAGAAGCCCUACCAAUGCAAAGUAUGUGGCAAAGCUUUUAAUCAUAAAGGAAACCUUAUUCACCAUAGCAGACUUCAUACUGGAGAGAAGCCCUACAAAUGUGAUGAAUGUGGCAAAGCUUUUAGUAAAAAAUCAAGUCUUAUUAGCCACCAGAGAACCCAUACUAGAGAGAAGCCCUACCAAUGCAAAAUAUGUGGCAAAGCUUUUAAUCAAAAAAGUAGCCUUGUUCGCCACAGCAGACUUCAUACUGGAGAGAAGCCCUACAAAUGUAAAGAAUGUGACAAAGCUUUUAAUGACAAAUCAAACCUUACUUACCACAGAAGAAUUCAUACUGGUGAGAAUCCCUACAAAUGUAAAGAAUGUGGCAAAGCUUUUAUUAAAAAAGCGUAUCUUAUUCCCCACCAGAGGAUUCAUACUGGAGAGAAGCCCUACAAAUGUACAGAAUGUGACAAAGCUUUUAAUGAAAAAUCAAGCCUUGUUUGCCACAGCAGACUUCAUACUGGAGAGCAGCUCUACAAAUGUACACAAUGUGACAAAGGUUUUAGCAAAAAAUCAGGCCUUGUUCGCCAUCAGAGAAUCCAUACUGGAGAGAAACCCUACCAAUGCAAAGUAUGUGGCAAAGCUUUUAAUCGAAAAACUAGCCUUAUUUACCACAGCAGACUUCAUACUGGAGAGAAGCCCUAUGAAUGUGAAGAAUGUGGCAAAGGUUAUAUUCAAAAAUCAGCCCUUAAUUGCCACAGAAAUAUUCAUACUGGAGAGAAGCCUUACAAAUGUGAAGGAUGUGACAAAGUUUAUAGUCAAAAAUCAAGCCUUAUUAAGCACAGCAGAGUUCAUACUGGAGAGAAGACUUAGAAAUGCAAAGAAUGUGGCUAAGCUUUUAAUCAUCCAUCAAACCUUACUAGACAUCAGAGAAUUUAUAUUGGAGACAACUUCUACAAAUUAUUAUAGCAGAGAAAAAUUAUUCAAAUGAAAAACUGUUACACUGUGAAAAUGUCUCCCACAAUUGGUCACCCCUUAUUCAACACCUAGAAAACAUACUAGUAGAAGAGGUCAAGUGGAAAAAUUUGUUUCAAAACUCAUAGACAUUGCUCAAACAUUAUUGAACUUUGGAGAAUUCAUAAUCCUCAGCAACCUUACAAAGUUAAAUAAUGUUUCCAAUCCCUUAUUUAAAUUUCAAAUUUAUGAAACAUCUGAAACCUUAUUCCUGUAGUGAAGGUUAAACAGCAUUUUCCAAAAUAUGUGUCAUAUUUAAUAGUGAAAUAUUUACAAUAAAAACCUUGACAA